AUGGGAGGCUGCUGCGGGGUCGCCUCAGAGGCAGGCACGGCCUCCAGCAAUGGCACGGUUUCUUCCACACCACUUUCACCACCGUCACAUCGCAGAGGGUGGCGGGGCUCAACAAGAAGCACCACCAAGACCGAACAAGCAGCGCUUAAGCGGAGUAGUAGGCUCGAGUCCGCGUCGUCGUUCUUGGCCAAGAUACUCCAGUCGAAGGACCGAGGUGACACCGACAGCGCUCCUCUCCGCGGAACCGUCGUCAAUGCCGUUUCCUCGGCCACCCCUCGGAAGCUCCGCGAUUCCGCCACUCACGCCGCCCCCGCACAUGACCAGGACCUGCCCUUCAAAGCCACGCUACAGCACGGCGCCAACGGCAGCAGCCCUGACCUGCUCCUGCCUGACCUAUUUUACAUCUCCGCUUCCUCGUCCUCAUCGCUUCUCGCGAACGGCGACGUGGACGACAAGGCUGAGGACGGCAUCGGCGCCCGUCUUGACGGUGAGGGGCAGAGCUCACUGGUGGAGGUGAGCCAACCAACGCAGAGCUUCGCAGGUGACGUGCACACGUACUCGGAGCUGGACUUGACGAGCGAGUGGGAGCCGCCGUCGUUCGACUGCCUUGGCCGGCGGUCGGAGCGUCGGGGCCGCAGCGGGACGGACCGCAGCCGACUGCGACAGCUGAUCAUCCGUGAGGCCGAGGUGCGCGUGUCCCUGAGGGCCAUGUACACAUAUCAGCAUCAGCGGUUUUCGCUGAACCUCGCCAAGGAGCACUUCAUCGCGGUACACAUUAGAAUGCGACAGGAGUACGAGUCGGAGUGGACGGUGCAGUGCAUCUGCUGGAUCGUUGCGGUAGAGAGUGUCACGCGGGAAGCGCUGGCCCGAGAGUGGUGGGCGGAGCGGGCCGCUUUAGUGCGCCGAGUCGGGUCUCUCAGGACGCCGCCGCCGCCACCACCACUGCAGUCGGUGCACGACGACGCGAGGUUGGGUAUCACAGCCAUUCGCGCACUGAAGCGAGAGGACAGGCCGCCUUACGUAUCGAAGUUGUACACGGCCGCGGACUUGACCCCCAGCGAGGAGGCAGCGGAGGGCGACCUGUUAAAUAUGUGCAUUCCGCCCAUGCGCGCCUCUUCCUCGAUCGCCCUCUUCUCCCCACCGCUGCAGCAGCAGCUCUCGGUGCUUGGCGGAUCGCGAUCUGCCUCUGCAGGCGUGUCUCGCGGCCUUCGCUCGGUUCCUCGAGUUCGCGCGCCACACGCCUCGUCUUUUGUGUCGUCGCCAGCAUCGGUCUUUUACUCACCUGAGCCGACGCAGCGCGUAGCCGCUGCGCAGCAGGCACAGAAGAGCAGGCUCGUGCGGGGGCGGAGCAUGGCUGUUACCGAGGCGCUCUUGUGA